AUGCAGGCGAAGGCGGGGAAGCAGAAACCCGCCACUGUGGCUCUCUCCGUCAAGUUAUCCGCCGCGGCGCUUUUUGUGACCUCCACGCAGCGGCUUACAAAGGCGCACGGGCUUGUGUUUUUCGCCCUUCGGCGCGGGGAGACGGGGGUGCAGUGCAGUGCGUUGCCUGACCUUCUCGCUGCAAGCAGCGUGGAGACGCUACUAAGGCAUGGCACGCUGGGGACGCUGAAGGGCACCGCAGCGCUGCGUCGCGCUGGGCACGAGUGGGGCUACCGCUGGAGGCACCCGCGUGCCGCUACGCAGCCGCCGCAGCAGCAACAACAGACGCAUUGCCCCACGCAUCCCUUACUGCCCGUCGUGCUGUUCACACUUUUGGCUGACAUGGGCGUCACCAACGCCUCCGAGCCGUUUUCUGUGAUUGGAGGUUUACACCCUGCCGUGGAGCUGUGGGAGGAAGUGGGGACUCCGCGCAGGCGUCCCCACACCGCAGCGCCCCUGCCUCCGCUGCAUCCGCUCACCACGAUAUGCAUCAACGCGCUCGAGGCCAUCGCGGAGGUCACGGAGGAGCUCCCACCCGCGUCGGUGGCAGCAGCGGGGAAAGAAAUCCUUCAUCGCCAACGCGCGGCGAAGCGGGGACCCACCGUGCAGGAGGACGAAGAGGGAGAAAAGGGGACGGACCGCGCUGCAGUCAGCGGGGGCGCCUUCGCACCGCACGCCGCCCGGUUCUUUCUCUUGUCGCCGUAUGCCCCUUACGCCGCGCUUUACAGAGCCGCGAACAAAGCAGGCGACUCCGAGAAUUUGUUUUUCGGUGGGGAGGCGUGCGAUGUACUUCUUGUGUACGCCUUCCCAAAGAUGGGCGGUGGUGCCUUUGGAGCGACAGUUGUCUGCAACAGCCCCGAGGUUUGGGGGCGCCUGCGAUACCAGCAGGCCAACGAAGAGAAGGGUGUGGUGCCAGGGAUGCGCGGAGGCCACCACGAGGAGCUCUUCUUUAUUGCGGCCACACUGGAGGACUACUUGCGCCUCGGCUCCGCCUUUGCCUGGGUGUACGGCUGGCAGCUCUGCUACGCACCACAGGGCCCCCCGCCGCGCUCCCUGCCGUGGCUGAAGCUCUUCGCUCCCAGCGCCCUCGCGGCGGCCAUAUCCAUCGCCCUGUGA